AUGUCACUCUCAUCAAACGUACUCGACGAGAGUUCUCGCGACUUGUUGCGACAAGAAGAGCCCUUUGACGAUGAAAUCCAAUCUCCCGUCGACCAAGAGUUCCCGUCGACGAGCAUUAGGGUUCUUUUGGUCGACUCAGAUCUCAAAUCGCUACGUCUCAUGACAAGUAUCAUGACCAAAUUCUCCUACCAAGUAACGAGCUAUGGAAACGGAGAUGAAGCACUCGCUUUCUUGAAGAAGAGUAAGCAUGAGAUCGAUCUAGUGAUUUGGGAUUUUCAUGUUCCCGAAGUUGACGGACUCAAAGCUCUCAAUACCGUUGGUAAAGAGAUGGAUUUACCUGUAGUAAUCAUGUCUCAUGGCCAUGAUAAGGAAACAGUGAUGAAAUCGAUCAAGUACGGCGCGUGUGACUUUCUUGUGAAGCCUGUGAGCAAAGAGGUCAUUGCGGUUCUCUGGCGACAUGUUUAUCACAAGAAGAUGUCAAAAUCCGGUCUAAUCACACCGAAAGAUUCAGUUGAUGACGACGACAACGGUCUAGGGCAAGACAAUAACGACCUCUACCAGAGUACCGAAGAAGGCUCCUCCAAGAACGUCGAAGAUAGCGGAGAGCAAGACGAUUUCGAUCGAAAAGGAGAAAGGAACACUAAGAAACCGCGGAUGACAUGGACUCCUGAGCUUCACGAAAAGUUUGAAAAAGCCAUCCAAAGAAUCACCAUUGAAAAAGCUGUUCCGAAGCUGAUUCUCAAAUACAUGCAAGAAGAAAUGAACGUCCAAGGACUCACUAGAAACAACGUAGCCAGUCAUCUUCAGAAGUACCGUCUAGGUGCCAACAAAAAGAACCAGGAGGCUCGACAAGCUUCAGGCUGGUUCAAUAACGCUGUGCCAAACGCCGCUCUCACGGCUUCUAAACCGCUCCUAAACUCUCACGGCAUCAAUCUCCACAAUGGACCACCGUAUUAUAUGAACGAUCAUGCCACCGCGAACGCACCGAUCCAUUAUCCACCAAGCGGUUUCCUGACAACGAACCACCACCACCACUUCAUGUCCAACAGCAGUUAUAUGGAACCGUUUCGCCAGCCGCAACAACUACCGCAACAGCAGCUACAACAGCAGUACUACCAUUCUUCUCCUCCGUUACCUUCCAUGACAAGCAAUCAAGAACAUGGACACGCGUCAUCAGCCACGGAAAUCCCUGGACUCAUCUAUCCAACUUUAUCCCACGAUCUACAAGAGUAUUUUUUGCCACCAGACUACAACAACGAUUUCAAUGGUCAAUUUUGA